ACAGUUGACCAGUGACGGGAUUUUGACAUUGUAGCAUUUUAAAAUAACGGAUUAACAUCGUUUUAUUCGAAAUCUAUUUGGAAAUCCAUAGGGAUUUUAAAUAUAAUACGAUUGUGUUAGUCUUAUAUUUAUUAUUUUAUGUGUAUUAGUCAAUAUUUAUAGUCAGUAUUUCAAUAUUUCAUUUCUAAAUAACUAUGAUAGUUAAUUCUCAGCCAGUACAUUCUAAUUUGAACUAUUUUGAUCAACAACAAAGGAGAGAGACAUUUAAAAAAUGGGUUUUUAAGGAAAACCAACCAUGUAACGCUGACAAGAUGGCAGAAGCUGGAUUUAUAUUCACUGGCUCAUUAAGAGAUCCUGAUUCUGCUGCUUGCUUUUUUUGUAAUAAACAUUUGGAUGGAUGGGAAGCUGCUGACGAUCCAUGGAAGGAACAUCUAAAUCAUGCCAAAGAAUGUGACUUUGCUAAAAUGCAAGUAGCGCAGGAUAAUUGGACCUUGGCACAGUGGUUAGAUCUCCAUUAUAAAUAUCAACAAAUUGUAAUUGAUAAGAUGUAUCAAGAAAAGAGAAAUGCUGUAACAAAAAUGUUUAAUAAGUUAAAGCGAAGAGCAGACAUAUAUUAACUAUAAGCUAUAUAUAAAACUAUUCAUUAUGUAUUUUUUUAAUUUAUUGAAUGGU